GGCGGGCGCCGGACCCCCAGAUGGAGCGACAGGUCUCGGGCCCUCAGGCGGAGCGGCGGGCGCCGGACCCCCAGGUGGAGCGACAGGUCUCGGGCCCUCAGGCGGAGCGGCGGGCGCCGGACCCCCAGGUGGAGCGACAGGUCUCGGGUCCUCAGGGCGGAGCGGCGGGCGCCGGACCCCCAGGCGGAGCGACAGGUCUCGGGCCCUCAGGCGGAGCGACAGGUCUCGGGCCCCCAGGCGGGAGCGGCGGGCGCCGGACCCCAGGUGGAGCGCCGGACCCCAGGCGGAGACAGGUCUCGGCCCCCAGGCGAAGCGUCGGGCACCGAGUCACCAGGCACGACAGUGGGCUCCGAAUCAACUGGCAUGACCGCUGGCACUGGGUCAGACAUUGGAUCGUCUGGCUGGACAGCGGGCAUCGGGUCACCAGGCAUCAGGUCAUUUGGCUCGACAGCGGGCACCGCGUCAUCUGGCAAGGCAGUGGGCUCCGAGUCAACUGGAAUGAGCGCGGGCACUGGGUCAGACAUUGGAUCGUCUGACUGGACAGCGGGCAUCGGGUCACCAGGCAUCAAGUCAUUUGGCUCGACAGCGAGCACCGCGUCAUCUGGCAAGGCAGUGGGCUCCGAGUCAACUGGCAUGACCGCGGGCACUGGGCAGACAUUGAAUCGUCUGGCUGGACAGCGGGCAU